UGGCCAUCGCACUGGCGAGGAAUACCUGCCUACCGUGAAGCGAGCCGAACACAUCGAGUAUCUGAUCGAGCCGCUGGACAGGACUGGGUUGAGGGAGGAAUUGUCACCGCUAUGUUUUCAGGUGUUUGGAUGAUGGGAACUCUGAACCGAAUGUGGCGGGCGACGGGAGGUAAAUGGAAUGAUCAAAUAAUGAGAUAUCCGGUUGGAGGAGAAUGGUGA